CACAGCCAAAACAUUCGUCACGAAGAGAAGCCAAAGGUUGUCAAAGAGACGAGCAAAGCAUGUCCUCGAACAGACUGCGAUCAACAACCGGCUGCCUCACGUGUAGACAGCGGCAUGUCAAGUGUGAUGAGAUAAGACCGAUAUGCAGGCGGUGUCAGAUUGGUGCGAGGGACUGUGUGCGUCCCGAAGACAAACCCCUGGGAAAAGCAUCGCGGAAGACGACUUCACCGACGCCGAGUCACGGCUCACAUUGGGGCAAUGUAUCCGGAAGUUCUGAGAAUAUCCAGCUCCUGCCAAGCCUGAGGCUCAGUGAGGAGGCCAAUGUGACAUCUGGAUGGGGCGAUGGCCCCUCGCGAUAUCUCGCGACGCAGGAUUGUAUAGCAAGCCCCCGUGCAGUGGAGCCGCAGGUCGGCAUUCCCGUCCAUAACGCAAAUCCAGCGCUCCCAGCGCUCUCUUGUCCGCCGCAACGGACAACGGACAUUCUUCAGUCAUGUGCUAGAGGCACGCUCAACCAGAAUGUCUCUGUUCAUUGCUUUGACGGCAACGCCGCGGAAGUUCCAACAGAGCCCAGUUUUGUUUCAAGAGAUAUUGGCAUACUAGACGUACAAACACUUCAAGGAAUUCAACUGCGUGUGGACCAUUCAGACACCCGAGCUAACUCGCCAGAAAUAGCAGACGAGAGCCCCUCGUUCUGUGUGACGGAAAGGGAGGAAUUCCUGCUACAACAUUAUGCAAAACAUCUGGGGAAAUGGUUUCACAUGUCGGAUGCGGAUCGCCAUUUCUCCAUUGAGGUACCACAUCUGGCUCGAUCUUCUCCUAUUCUAUUGAAAGCGGUGUCUGCUUUUUCCGCACGGCACCUGAGUUUUAUAGGAGGGUACGAUCCUCGUGUAGCGGAAGAUUUCCACGAACAGUGUAUCCGACUUCUGAUUCCCGCACUGAGUGAUCCAGAGUGCGCGACCAAUGAUACCAUACUAGCUGCGCUCGUCUUGCUUAGGCUAUACGAGCAUAUGACGGUGUCUGAGACUGGCAAGGACAACGAGCGGCAUCUGGGUGGAAUAUCAGCUCUCGUUGCUUCAGCAAUACACAGUCCAUGGUCAUCCUCCGGAUCUGGUCUUCAGAGGGCUUCAUUUUGGGGUUACUUUCGGCAGUGUAUCUACGCCGCCUGUGUCCAUAGGCAGCCCCUAAAAUUCGACAUUUCCAGUUAUAAAAUUGAAAUGAGACUUUUUACACCAUCAGUGGGUAUUAUGGCGACUGUUGAGGAGGAGGCUGAGUGGUGUAGAUGGAUUACUUGGAUCCUAGCCGAAGUUGUUGAUUUUUGCUUUGGAACAAAGGCACAAACAAGCAUCCACGAUGCGAAGAAGGCCUGGCACAGUCUUUUGAGGAAGGUCGAAAUGUGGGAUACAAACAAACCAAAGACAUUCUUACCUGUUGGAAUCAAUGAGAGGGAUCUAGACAAAGGUCAAUGGUUUCCUGAGCGCUGGUAUGGUAGUGAAUGGCAUGCAAUGGCAAACAUGCACUACCUGACGGCGCGUAUCCUUUUAGAUGUACAUGACCCUUUGAUACGCAACGUCUCAAUUGGAGACUUCGGCUUCCUCAGAGCUCGGCAACAAUUAGAGAGCAAAGUCAUUUCGAAUGCAAGAGCAAUAUGUGGCAUAUGUCUUGCCAAUCCAGGCAACGUUGCUACUAUUUUUACUCUAUGCCAUGCGAUUUUUGCCUUUGCGUCUUUCUUCAGCGAGACUGAAGAGAGAAAACUCUUAAUACAUAUUUUAAGAAGAGCAGAAAAAGAAGAUGGUUGGCCGACAACAUGGAUUAUAAAUGCCUUAAAGAUAGAUUGGGAUUGGGAGGAUAAUUAAUGGAUAUUAUAUUUUCCAAGCUAUUGCAAGCCUGUAGGUCGGACCCCAUAUAUGUGGAUCUCUGUAGGGUGAAGUUACCUCUCUCUAUCAAGGGUACACAGCUACCCUCAAUAAUUGUGGCGUCAGGUCUUCAUUAUAUUCCAAGUCUCAAAAG